AUGGCACAGGCCUUAUUAAAUAAUAACAAAAAAAAGAUAUUAUCAUCUAAUAUUGAUUCUUGCCUUAUUUCUGAAGAAGAUUUUGAGUAUGAAAAAGAACUUCUUAGGAAUCCAUUUUCUAUAAAAUCAUGGUUAAGAUAUAUUGAACAUAAAGAGGGCGAUCCAAUUCAUCAACAAGUAUUUGUCUGUGAAAGAGCAUGUAUGGAUCUUCCUAGGAGCUAUAAAUUAUGGCGUUUGUAUUUAAAUCUGCGAAAAUGUCAUGUAGAAGGACUUAACCCGGCUAAAUAUGAGGAAGAAUACGAAAAAGUGAAUGUUUGUUAUGAAAAAGCUUUAGUUUUGCUUAACAAAAUGCCUCGGAUUUGGAUGGAUUAUUUAGAAUUUUUAAUGAAACAAUGUAAAAUUACAAAAACUAGACGAACAUUUGAUAGAGCACUUCAAACAUUACCAGUUACACAGCAUGAGAGAAUAUGGAAAUUAUAUAAGGAAUUUUCUCGGUCAGUAUCGGGAGAAACAGCAGUUAAAGUUUGGAAACGUUAUAUUAUGAUUUUUCCAGAGAUGAUUGAAGAAUUUAUACAGCUUUUAUUAGACAUGGAGUAUUACACAGAAGCAGCAUUCCAGUAUAUGGCAUUGCUUAAUAAUCCAAAAUUUCAAUCAUUAGAAGGAAAAAGUAAUUUUCACUAUUGGGUCGAAUUUUCUAAACUUAUAACAACACAUGGCGAUAAAAUUGAUGGAAUAUUAGUAGAAAAGAUCAUGAGAUCAGCAAUAAGACGCUUUACUGAUCAACAGGGAAGCUUUUUUACCAGUUUAGCUACAUAUUUUAUUACAAUAGGCGAUUUUGAAAAGGCUCGAGAUAUUUUUGAAGAAGGAAUGACUACUGUUGUCACUGUUAGAGAUUUUACCCAAAUUUUUGAUGCAUAUGCAGAAUUUGAAGAAUCUAUUAUAUCUCAAACUUUAGAAGAAAUGGAAGAGGGACAUAAAUCCAAGGACACAAACUCAAAUGAUGAUUUAGAUUUGGAUAUUAAAAUGAUCCGGUUUGAACAAUUAAUGGACCGACGUCCAUUUCUCGUAAAUGACGUAUUACUUAGACAAAAUCCGUAUAAUGUCAUUGAAUGGGAAAAAAGAGUUGGACUUUGGGGUAACAAUAACGAAAAAAUUAUAGAAACAUACACAAAUGCUAUUAAAACUAUAGAACCAAAAAAGGCAGUGGGAAAACUUAGUUCACUUUUCAUUAAUUUUGCAAAGUUUUACGAACAAAAUAAUGAUCUAAAUACUGCAAGAUUAAUUAUGGAAAAAGGCGUUAUGGUACCAUUUAAAAGUGUAAAUGAACUUUCAGAAGUUUGGUGUGAAUGGGCAGAACUUGAACUUCGAAGUAAUAAUUUUGAUCAAGCCAUAAAAAUCAUGAAGAAAGCAACCAAUUGCCCAGAAAGAAGCAAUGUUGAUUAUUUCGAUGAGACAUUAACUCCUCAACAACGCAUUCAUAAGUCUUCGAAACUUUGGAUGUUUUAUGUUGAUCUUGAAGAAAGUGUUGGGACAAUCGAUUCUACAAGAGCUGUGUAUGAUAAGAUAUUAUCCUUAAAAAUCGCUACACCUCAGACUAUAGUUAAUUAUGCAAAUUUUCUUGAAGAAAACAAAUAUUUUGAAGAAAGUUUCAAAAUUUUUGAAAGGGGCGUUGAAUUGUUUAGUUAUCCUGUCGCGUUUGAACUUUGGAACUUAUAUUUAACCAAAUUUCUGAAACGUUAUAAUGGUACAAAGGUUGAGAGAACUAGAGAUCUUUUUGAACAAUCUCUUAAAGGAUGCCCUCCAAAUUUAUCUAAACCAAUUUUUUUAAUGUAUGGUGAUUUUGAAGAAAAAUAUGGACUAAUGAGACAUGCAAUGCGUAUAUAUGAUCAAGCCACGGAAACCGUUUCUACAGAAGAUAGAGCAGAUAUGUAUAAAUAUUAUAUAACUAAGUUAGCUAUAAAUUACGGACUUACGUCAACAAGACCUAUAUAUGAAAAAGCAAUAACAUACCUUCCUGAUAAGGAGGCAAAAGAUAUGUGUCUAAAGUUUGCAGAAAUGGAAAGAUCAAUAGGAGAAAUAGAUAGAGCUCGUGCAAUUUACGCUCAUGCAUCACAAUUCUGUGAUCCUAGAAUAGAACCUUCAUUUUGGAAAAUAUGGCAUGAAUUUGAAGUAAAACAUGGCAAUGAAGAAACAUAUGCAGAAAUGUUACGAAUUAAAAGAAGUGUUCAAGCAGAAUACAAUAUGAAUAUUAGCUAUAUCCCUAACCAAACUACUACACAUUUUACUUCAGAAACACUUGAAUCUAACAAUGACCCAAUGGCUUCAUUAGAAAAAUCAGGGAUUCUCUCCGGAUUUGUUAGGGAAGUUGAAAUAUAUUAUUUAUAUAUAUAUUCUUAUAAAAACACAGCUCAUCUACAGGUCCUAUUGGAAAUCAAAAUUUAG